AUGAGGCCUCCCAUGGGGUCCUCGGCGCGCGGGCUGCUCGCGCGCGCGCCUCCCCGCCGUCUGGGCUCGGGGCCUGCUUGCUCACGGGCUCGGCGAGGCUGCGUGUCCGGCAGCUCGCACCUUGCCGCGGGAGGCGGCGCCAGGCGAGCCAUGGUCGCCGGGCGGGGCCUGUUCGAGACCGCCCUGGCAGGGGCGUCGCCCAUGGGCGCCAAGGCCUUCCCCGCCAAGGGCGCCGCGGCCUCGGCACUGCUCGGCGGGGGCGAGGCCCACCACGCCCAGCCCGGGAGCUUCGCGGCCUUCCUCCCGGACCCCAGGGGGACAUCUCGCCGGCGGCCGUGGGCCCCCGCCGCCCAGCGGGCGCCGCCGCCGACGCCCUGGGCCAGCCCCGGGCGCGCGGCGGGUGGAGGCGCGCGGAACCCGAGGUGGCCACGUCCUUCGGGUCGAAGAAAGACGAGGAGGCCGUGGACGAAGACGACUGAGGAUCGGUGUGCCCUGAGAUUUGGCGUUGUGAAGCGUUGCGACAUCGGACAAAAACACAACCAGACUCGAAAAUCGAAAAAAACGAGAUGCCUGGAUCUUAGUGUAGUUUGUACAAAAUAG